GUCGAUUUGUACAUUGACGGAAGGAAAUUCAUUGCAAUGAAAGAAAAUCCGGAAAUUCUGGAUGAUUGGCCAUUGCAUCGCACGAAAGAUACGGUGACUACUAUUUCCCUUUGA